AUGACAAUGAGUACAAAGGUAAGUGUUCAUAGUUGGGAUCAUGUUACUCAGGGUCUGGUGGAACUUGGCUUCAUUUUAAUGGAUUCAUAUGGGCCAAAGAAGAUUCUUGAUGGAAAAACUAUUGAAACCGGCUCAGGUCUUUCAAAAAUACCAAACCAGCAUGCAUGUAAGCUGGGUGCUAAUAUCCUGUUGGAAACUUUUAAGAUCCAUGAGAUGAUCAGACAAGAAAUUCUGGAGCAAGUACUUAACAGGGUUGUUACCAGAGCAUCCUCUCCCAUCAGUCAUUUCUUAGAUCUGCUUUCAAAUAUCAUCAUGUAUGCACCCUUAGUUCUUCAGAGUUGUUCUUCUAAAAUCACAGAAACUUUUGACUAUUUAUCCUUUCUGCCCCUUCAAACUGUACAAGGGCUGCUGAAGGCAGUGCAGCCCCUUCUCAAAGUCAGCAUGUCAGUGAGAGACUCAUUGAUAGUUGUCCUUCGGAAAGCCAUGUUUGCCAGCCAGCUUGAUGCCCGAAAAUCGGCGGUUGCUGGCUUUUUGCUGCUCCUGAAGAACUUUAAGGUUCUGGGCAGCUUGUCGUCCUCUCAGUGCAGUCAGCCCAUCGGCGUGAGCCAGGUCCAUGUGGAUGUUCACAGCCGUUACAAUUCUGUUGCCAAUGAAACUUUUUGCCUUGAGAUCAUGGACAGUUUGAGGAGAUGCUUAGGCCAGCAGGCUGAUGUUCGACUCAUGCUUUACAAGGGUUUCUAUGAUGUCCUUCGAAGGAACUCUCAGCUGGCUAAUUCAAUCAUGCAUACUCUACUUUCACAGAGGGUCUUACUUUGGAGAUACACUUCCAUUCCUACUUCAGUGGAAGAUUUAGGAAAGAAAGAAAAAGGAAAGAGCAUCUCAUUGCUGUGCUUGGAGGGUUUGCAGAAGAUAUUCAGUGCUGUGCAACAGUUCUAUCAGCCCAAGAUUCACCACUUUCUCAGGGCUCUGGAUGUCCCAGAUAAUGAGGGAGAAGAGGUGGAAGGCAGUGUCAGUCACAGAGCGGCGUUCCAGAUCCGGCAGUUUCAGAGGUCCUUGUUGAACUUACUUAGCAGCCAAGAGGAAGACUUUAACAGCAAAGAAGCCCUCCUGCUAGUCACCGUUCUCUCCAACUUGUCCAGGCUGCUGGAGCCGUCCUCCCCUCAGUUUGUGCAGAUGUUAUCCUGGACAUCGAAGAUUUGCAAGGAAAACAACCAGGAGGAUGCCUCGUUUUGCAAGGGCUUGUUGAAUUUGCUCUUCAGCCUCCACGUUUUGUACAAGAGUCCUGCCAUCCUGCUGCGUGACUUGUCCCAGGAUAUCCAUGGGCAUCUCGGAGACAUAGACCAGGAUGUAGAGGUGGAGAAAACAGACCACUUUGCGAUAGUGAAUUUGAGAACAGCUGCCCCUACUGUUUGUUUACUUGUUCUCAGUCAGGCUGAGAAAGUCCUAGAAGAAGUGGACUGGCUGAUCACCAAGCUUAAGGGACAAGUGAGCCAAGAAAUUGUAUCAGACGAGGCCUCUUCUCAGGCAACCCUACCAAAUCAUCCCAUCGAGAAAGCCAUCAUCGUACAGCUGGGAACUCUGCUCACCUUUUUCCAUGAGCUGGUGCAGACGGCCCUGCCAUCGGGCAGCUGUGUGGACAUCUUGUUAAAGGACCUUUGCAAAAUGUACACCAUUCUCACAGCACUUGUCAGAUAUUAUCUCCAGGUGUGUCAGAGCUCCGGAGGAAUUCCCAAAAAUAUGGAGAAGUUGGUGAAACUGUCCGGUUCUCAUCUGACCCCCCUAUGCUAUUCUUUCAUUUCUUACAUACAGAACAAGAAGAGUCAGAGCCUGAAAUGUGCAGGAGAGAAGAAGGGGAAAGCCGGGGCUGUUGCCACAGCCAUGGCCAGAGUUCUUCGAGAAACCAAGCCAAUCCCUAAUCUCAUCUUCGCCAUUGAACAGUAUGAAAAAUUCCUCAUCCACCUUUCAAAGAAGUCCAAGGUGAACCUGAUGCAGCACAUGAAGCUCAGCACCUCACGAGAUUUCAAGAUCAAAGGAAACAUCCUGGACAUGGUUCUUCGAGAGGAUGAGGAGGACGAACACGAAGAGGGCACUGCAUCAGAGCACGAGGGACAGAACAAAGAACCAGCCAAGAAGAAAAGGAAAAAAGAAAUGAAAUGCCUGAGUUAAUGUGAACUUUGGGGCUUCUGCUUUCUUUUGACCCGACAAGCAACACUGCCCCCUUGUCCUAGCGCCUGCACCGCUGUUGGCAGCUUGGCUCUGAACCCGCUGAACUCCACUGCACCUUCCCUCGGAGGCCGUCGUUCUUGGCAGGUCCUGCUACUGAAGAGGGCUGGCCUCCCGCAAGCCCUUUUGCAAAAAGCACAGCUGCGAGCCUGAGUGUGGGAGCCUGCGCUGCCCCGACCGAGCUCCACGGGAGCAAAUCUGGGGCCUGCAGGCAGAGCUACGGUCCAGGCUGGCUUCACGGUUCCAAGGAGCCUUUGGUGAGUUCAAUUAUCUGGUAAAUAUCCAGCGCUUCACCUGAAAGAGCGUGCAGAGUGGUUAGCGGUGCCCAGGAGCCAGCAAGGAGCAGGGAGGAAGGCAGGGCAAGUGCCAGGGAUGGGGAGGUGCUGUUUGGGAGGGUCUGCUGUCUUUCUGUAUAAAGUAAGUUUGUCUCAGCUUUUUUCUUUUUAAAUGUAUCUUUCUGUUUUACUUGUUUGGUAUUCAAAGCACAGUUGUUUGUACCUAAGAAUGCACUUUGACCUUAUACAAGAAUUCUUCUUAAAAUAAAUACUCCCUCUUCAACCACACCAGAAA